AUGUCCGACUCGCUCACUCUCAAGGGUGUCCUCCGGGGCCACAGCGGCUGGGUUAACUCCAUUGCCACCACCACCGAGAACAAUGACAUGAUCCUGUCCGCCUCCAGGGACAAGACCCUGCUCGUGUGGAACCUCACCCGCGAUGAGGACAACUACGGUCAGCCCAAGAGGGCCCUCAAGGGUCACUCCCACUUCGUCAAUGACGUCGUCAUCUCGUCGGACGGCCAGUUCGCCCUCUCCGCUUCGUGGGAUAACACCCUCCGCCUGUGGGACCUGAACGCCGGCACCACCACCCGCCGCUUCGUGGGCCACAGCAAGGACGUCCUGUCCGUCGCCUUCUCGGCCGACAACAGGCAGAUCGUGUCGGGCUCGCGCGACAGGAGCAUCAAGCUGUGGAACACCCUGGGUGAGUGCAAGUACACCAUCGAUGGUGAGGGUGCGCACACCGAGUGGGUCAGCUGCGUGAGGUUCUCGCCCAACGCUGCCAACCCCGUCAUCGUGUCGUCCGGCUGGGACAAGCUGGUCAAGGUGUGGAACCUCCACAACUGCCGCCUGAGGACCAACCUCCGCGGCCACACCGGCUACGUCAACACCGUGACCGUCUCCCCCGACGGCUCGCUCUGCGCCUCUGGCGGCAAGGACGGCACUGCCAUGCUCUGGGACCUGAACGAGGGCAAGCACCUGUCCUCGCUCGAGGGUGGUGAGAUCAUCCACUCGCUCGUCUUCUCGCCCAACCGCUACUGGCUCUGCGCUGCCACCACCACUGGCAUCCGCAUCUGGGAUCUCGAGAGCAAGAGCGUCGUCGCCGAGCUCAACAAGAACAACUGCGCCGGCUUCUUCGGUGAUGACGACACCCCCAAGGACAAGAACCCCACCCCCAUCUCCCUCGCCUGGUCCGCCGAUGGCUCCACCCUCUUCGCCGGCUACACCGACAGCGUCAUCCGUGUCUUCGAGACCUCGCUGUAA